UGGCACUAUGUUAAUUAUUCCUCUCGACAUGAUGCAUUAGUCUUCUCUCCAGCAGAUACUAAAUUAAGUGUGUGUGUGUGUGCUUCCAGUUUGCUGACGUGUGUGUGUCUGUGAGAAUGCACUUACAGUGUGUGUGUUUGUGCGUGUGUGUGUGUGUGAGAGAGAGUGUGUGUGUAUGUGUCCUCAUAAAACCCUUUUUUUCUCCCUCCCCGCAGGCUUGCCAAGAAGUCAUGGUUUGGUAACUUCAUCAACCUGGAGAAAGAGGAGCAGAUCUUUGUGGUGAUCAGAGACAAGCCUCUCAGCUCCAUCAAAGCAGACAUCGUUCAUGCCUUCCUCUCUGUAAGGACUCCUCACCGCUCCUCUUUCUCUCCCUCUCCAUCUACUGUAUGUGUAUCUCCUUGUCUCUGUCUAUGUGUAUCUCUUUCUGACUGUUUCUCUUUCUCUGGGUCUCACUGUUUUUCUGUCUGUCCGUCUGUAUGUCUGUGCACCUCUCUCUCUCUCUCUCUCUCUCUCUCCUUUGUCACCCCCCUACUUAUGAUUCUGUUUGACUUGUUAUUGUAUGGAUUUAUAUUUCACUGUUCCUGGUCUUCAAACAUUGAAAUCAUUAUUAGAGCUAGCACUCAAAGUGAUGGCUAUGUUCAUUGGUUUGUCCUCGAGACGAAGUGGAUGAAUUCACUGUAAAGCAACUGUGAUUUAUCUUUUGAUUUAGAGCAACUUUUAGUCAGUGCUACUGCCUGCAUUUCCCUAUGUUGAUUUCCCAGUGAAGGUCAGUGCUAUUGUGUAAUCAGUGAACAGCAGCCUGCUUUUUGCAGUCUGCAUCUGAUUGGUGCACAGCAGUCUGGUUUCUGGCAUUUAAGAGAGUCAAGGAAAGGGCUUGAUUGAGUCUUCUAAAGUUUUUCUUGGCCACACUGGGCAUAACUGUGUCAUUAUAAUGGUGUAACACAGCCUCAAAACAGUCACGACAACGGAUGGAAACUGACUUUGACACUGACACUGUCAUGACACAACCAUUAUCGUACACUACAGUAGUUGGCUUGCAUUAACCCUACGCCUAGCCAAUUAUCUAACCUUUACAUGUCUGCUUUAUUUCCCAGCAGGUUUGUUUCAGUUCAUUUUAAAAGGCUCCCUAGUCCCUGAAGCCCACAACUGUGUUGAUGCUGUGUGUCUCUUGUCUCUUCAGCGUUGUGUAUUGUAAUUGACUCAGUGUCUGAUGGUCCCUAACAGCGCUGUGCUGCAGUGUAACAGAUCCAGUGUUGUCUCUUCCUGUCUUGUCUCUCUUUGUCUCGCCUAAUAUCUGUAUUUUAGCUCAUGUACAUAUCGUUUUUCUCACUAGUCACACGUGGUCUCUGUAUUUAAACUGAUGUUUUCUCUCUUUUUUUCCUGUGCUCUCUCUUUGUUUUCGCUCUCUCUCUCUCCCACCCUCCACCUCCCUUUCCCAUCUCUCUCCCUCUGCUUCCCUACCUCCUGCUUCCCGCCUGUACCCCCUCUCCCUCCCUGCUCCUGUCUCUCAUAUAGAUCCCCAGUCUGAGCCACAGUGUGAUCAGUCAGACUAGUUUCCGGGCGGAGUAUAAGUCUACAGCCGGUCCUACAGUGUUUCAGAAGCCAGUCAAGUUCCAGGUGGACAUCACCUACACAGAGAGCACCGCCGCCACCAAAGAGAACGGCAUCUAUUCGGUCACCUUCACCCUGCUGUCAGGUAACACACACAGAAAGGCAGGCAGUCAGGCAGGCAGGCACAUGCGUGCACACACACAUUUUAACAUACACACACAAACACUGUAUACACACAGACACUUCCUGAAUAUGUACACACAUGCACAGACACCCACACAUACACGCUGAUGCAAGCACCAUUACACAGAAGCCUGGUGAGAAGAGGACAGAGAAACAGAGACCUUUUCUCACCAUAA